AUGCAUCUUCUUACCACAAAAGGCAUACUUUUUGAGUUUCCAUCAUAUGAAAAAUUUACUCACCUACUUCAGGUACUUGAAAAAACUGUUUGGAGCCGUGUCGAGGGAAAUCAGCUCGAAGAUCGCUCCCUAAACAAAGCCUGGCUUGCCAGAUAUUUGGAGGUCUGCCGGAAAGUGAUUGUAGACGACCUACAGUUGGCUCGUGCUGCAGUUCCUUGUUUCCCACCAGAUUAUCAGAUCUAUGAUAGAUUUGUUCACAUGUACCACAACUGUGUUUGCAAGCGGCUUCGCGAAAUUGCUUCGGAGCAUUUGGAGAAGAGUGAGCUCGUUCAGUUACUGAGUUGGAUACAGACUUAUGGGGGUGAAGAUCUUCUGGGAAAUCGUCGUUUGCAAAUCAAUGCGGCCGCAUUGUUGGAAGAUGUUCCAGUAUUGUCGAGAACUACACUCAAUUCGCUUUACGAUAGUUUCGUUGACAUGACGCGCAGCGACAUGAAGAUUUGGCUCGAGAAGACUCUUAGCGCCGAAAAGGACGACUGGAAUAAGCACGUACGUCCCGAAGAAGAUAAUUUUGGGUACUUCUACACUAGUCUACCCAACAUAAUGUUUGGAAUGCUUAGAGAUACGGGCUCGAUACCCAAGCAGCCUAUCUUUCAAAAAUUUUGGCCCCUCGAAGCUUUCAAUGCAGGAAAAAUCUGA